UCCCCUAGGGGAAAUUUAGGAAUUCAUCUCACAAGGGCAUGCACUCUUACACAUCAUUUAUAACUUAUUUUACAGUGAUAGAAGCAUUUCACAGCGAUGAAAACAUUCGUGUACCCCAAAGUAAACAAUAACUCUUAUUUUGUUAGAAAAAGUUACGUAUUUCCGUUAGUCGUCUGGCUAACAGUAAGUUAGCUGGUAGCUAAACAAACAUGGCUCUGCAACAUUAUCAGACAACGGAGCUAAAUGAUACGUAACUGAGGCAAAUGAAAAGGGACAAUAUGCAACAAUUAAUAAGAAACGUGGCGAGUACAAGGCUAUAGAUGGGGAGCAGGUAUAUUAUUCAGUUGGUUAGCUUGCUGUAGCCUUUUGUGACCGUGUUUACACAGAGCUAGCCCUCCAGUUGGCUAAAGUAAGAUAGCAAAAUGGAGCUUGGAACAAUGUUGUACAACAAUUUAAAAGAUGUUACAUGGAGCACGACGUCCUUACCCUUAGAUCAACUUGUCAGUGCUUACAGGUUGCCUCAAAUCGUCAAGCUGGAUAAUGGUCAGUUGGUUGAAGGGCUCAGAGACAAUGACUACCUCUUGAUUCAUUCCUGCCGUCAGUGGACGACUAUUACUGCUCACAGCCUAGAGGAGGGACACUAUGUCAUCGGACCCAAAAUUGAAAUACCGGUUCACUAUGAAGGUCAGUUUAAGCUGCUGGAACAGGACAGAGAUGUCAAGGAGCCUGUGCAAUACUUCAACAGCGUGGAGGAGGUGGCCAAAGCAUUCCCUGAAAGGGUUUACGUCAUGGAAGAAAUUACUUUCAAUGUCAAGAUGGCUUCAGGGGAAUGCAAUGAAGACACAGAAGUUUACAAUAUUACACUAAGCACCGGUGAUGAACUGACAUUAAUGGGCCAGGCUGAGAUCCUCUAUGCCAAGACAUCCAAAGAAAAAUCAAGAUUCAACACUAUCUUCAAAAAGAUCGGGAAACUGAAUUCCAUCAGUAAGAUCGGUCGAAGCAAGAUGCCUUGCUUGAUCUGCAUGAACCACCGCACCAACGAGAGCAUCAGCCUGCCUUUCCAGUGCAAAGGCCGGUUCAGCACCUGUAGCCCUCUGGAGCUUCAGAUGCAGGACGGCGAACACACCAUCAGGAACAUUGUGGAGAAAACCCGUCUCCCGGUCAACGUGACGGUACCCGGCAGUCCGCCCCGCAAUCAGCACGAUCUCCAUCUCAUUCGGGAAGGUCACCGAUACAAAUUGGUCAACAUUCAGACGAAGACGGUGGUUGUGUGCUGCAUUCUAAGAAGCAACAAAAUUAUCCCCACCCACUUCCCCUUCCACAUGGCCAUGCCUCGAUUUAUUAUUCCAGAGGAGCUGCUCCAAGGAGAGUUGUGGCUAGACACCAUGGUGUACCGCUGGUUCUCUUUCUGCCAGGACCAGUUUGACAUCGACGACUAUUCUCGCGCAGUGCGGGACGUGCGGACCGACUGGAACGAUGACGGCAAGAGCCCGAAGAAAAGCAGCGGGAACGGCAGCUGCAGCGGAAGCAGCGCGGGAAGCAGCACCUCCAACGGCUGCGCCAACCACAUGCAGAUCCCCAGCUCUUUGACGUACGCCCGCGACGAACUCACCCAGUCCUUCCACCGGCUGUCCGUGUGCGUGUACGGCAGCAACCUGCACGGCAACAGCGAGGUCAACCUGCAGGGAUGCAUGACGCUAUGCGGAGAUUGGACUCUCUUGCCUUCCGACAGCAUUCCGUCAGACUCAGGAGACAGCGAACACUUUUUCCCCGACCUGCUGGAGAGCUCUACCCAGCAGUCACCGCUCAACAAGUCGGACGUUCCUUAUGAGGAGCUGUGGCUGGAUCACUUGAGAGGCCAGGUCCCGAAGUCCUCUUUAACCGAAGGAAUCCGAGGCAUCAACAACGGCUGCGGAACAACAGCGGCCCUGUCGUUCCCAGUUACUUGUCCCGUGGGUGCGACCGCUAGCUCAGAUGUCUCUCUUACUCCACCACCAGUCCCACCCAAGUCUGAAGCUGUGAAGGAAGAAUGCCGUCUUCUGAAUGCCCCGCCGAUUCCUCCACGGAGUUUGAAACAGAUGCCAUCGGUGCCCAUCCUGUCCAAACCACGACAGCAGGAAACACGGUCUCCAAGUCCAACCCUCUCCUAUUAUUCCUCUGGGCUCCACAACAUUAUUGGAGCAAGUGAGCAAGAGGCGGCCGACCCACAAGAGCAAAGCCAAGCGUGCUACCCUUGCAACUGGGGUAAGUCCAACACCAGUGAGCCAAACACAAUUUUGCCCAGCACCAGCCUGCCGUCAGACAGGAUGUCCUCCAGGUUGUCUUGGCCGAAUAACUUCAGCGGAGGAGAAUCGCGCAGCAUGGACGAAUUUCUACCAUCCAGCUGCCGAAGUUACUACAGUUACCCCAGGAAGAGAUCCACAAACGCCGCGAAAACCUGCACGUCCAGCCUCGUCGACUUUGACGGCAGAGAGCACGCGCACAGCAGUAAAGACUUCAGUUCGCAGAAAGCCUCUUUCAAUCAGUUCUGCACCAAAUCCUUGAGUUACAAUUCGGAAAUGUACAGAGACAAGCCAAUAGAAGAAUCAAACACUAAGCAGAGCCUCUCUUGCCCCAUCUUACCGCCAAGAACACCGAAAUCAAACACCAUAAAGAGGUGCAAGGAUUUCUUGUCUGGAUCAAUCUGCGACAGUACGCAGGACACUUCAAACUGCUCGCCUACUCAACACGAGGAAGGCACGAAAGAGAUAAAUCCCACCACUAACCCAUUAACUCCUAACUGUUCAUCUUCUUCUCCCACUGCACAGUGGCAGCCCCCAUCCAGUCUGGCUGGUCUCUCUAUUGAAGAGGUGUCCAAAUCUCUAAGAUUUAUCGGCCUGCCGGAUGACAUUGUUUCUCUUUUUGUCUCUGAGAAGAUUGAUGGGAAUUUACUCCUGCAGCUCACUGAGGAGAUUUUGUCCGAAGACUUCAAGCUAAGCAAACUGCAAGUGAAGAAACUGAUGCAGUUCAUUAACGGAUGGAGACCUAAGAUAUAACUAACAGUAUAUGACACUAAAUCCUGUUAUAAAGCAGGGAAAAAUCAUGCCUUCAGUAUAUGCUAUGCACACCAAGCCACAGCGUUUCUUUUUUGUAUGAUAUGAAUUGAUUUCCUUGUUACUACAUUGUGGGGAAGACAGUGGGGUUAUACUUCUCAACCCAAGUCUGUGACUGCUAUUUGCUAACUGAAUGGAAUAAUUUGGCACUUUCAGUGAGACAUUUUCAUGUCAACUACUUAGUACUUUUUCAUUCUACAGCCUACUUGUGUUCACUUCACUAUACAAAUCUUAAUUUAAGCAAAUUUAUAGACAGGAAAUUAACACUGAUGCGACCGGCACAUAAAAAUAAGUGGACAGGAAAAAUUUCUGCUUAAUUAGGAUAUUGGAUGAUUCUGUUUUUAAAGAGCACAAACCAGAGGAUGUGUUGCUUAUUUAAUACUCAAAAAAAAUCAAUUUUGGUUUUAGAAGUGGACACACAGUUGCUGUUUUUGUUUGUUGCAGCCUGUCAGUGAGAGAUGGAUUCUAGGCUGGUAUCCAGUCAUCAGGAUGUGGUAACCAAAGUGAUAGUGGCAUUUUAACUUCAAAAUGAUGAGCUUAAAUCCCAAAUAUGCAAUUAUAUAAUGAUGCAGUUAGCAAUAUGUCCUAUGACGUACGCACUGCUUUUAGUUUUCUGUGCAGGGUUCAGUCCUGCACCGUUUUUCAUGAGAAUGUGAGAUUGUAUAAAGGUGUACUUGUGUUCUUUUAAAAAUGUACCCAUUCUGAGCUCUUAUUAAGCCUUAUGUAACAUCUCCUCUAAAUAGCAAGAAACAGGCAUUGAUGUAAACCUGGCUCCUGUGGUUUCAUAUUGAUGUACAGCUCCUUAAAAUACAAUUUAGAAACCUGAAUAUUGUUUGAUUUUUGGAUAAGAAAUUGAACCUAUAUUCUAAUGUUUAAAAAAACAGGCGUAUGGGAUCAAAGCAAUCAAAAUGAGCUUUUAAUUGAAAUGCAGAAGCAGCUGAGUGUACAUCAGUCUUGUAUCAGGUCAGAGUGUUGGGUAACUGUCUAAAUAAUCGUACGCAUUUAAACAGACCGGGCCAUCAUAAAUUGCAUUUCUGGUGUGCUAUUCUACUUUAAUAGACCAACGUUACUAACAAUGAGCCAAAUCAAUGCGCCAACAAUAAUAACAACCUCGAAUUCAGCUAUAUUACUUCUUGUUUUAACCUUAAUCGUCUCCUCUAAAAGAUAACUUAGUCAUUUAUGUCCUAACAAACUACGUCCUGACUAUAAAACUAACACAGAAAUAACCGACAGAGAUAACAAUAACCGCAACAUUCUACACAAAAUACAAAUUAUGCAUCAUGCACUUUGGUAGAUUUCAGUCUAAUUAAUUGCAGUUGCAGUCAUUAGCUAUAAACCUAUAAUAAAAAAAAAAAUAAGAGAGUCUAUCUAGAGAUUGAAUGCACUACAUGUUUGUUUUUUUUCUUGUCAGAACUAAAACGGUACUUCAUCUUUGUUAUAUGUAUGUGUUGUAAGUGUCCUGUAAUGCAAGAAACUAUGUAAAAGAAAGUUUUUCUUCUGCGCCUUAACCCAGAGACCUUAAAAAAAAAAAAAAAAAUCAUUUCACUUUGGCAUAACAUUUUCAUUUUGUCAUGAGAUUAGAUUAACAUUAAUAUCUCAACAUGAAGUGAGGGAAUAUAGAUGUUAAGUGUGGAUUUUGCUGGUGUUUUUAGAAUUUGGAAAAUGAUUUGCUAAAAUGAAAUAUCGGUACCAAACUUUUAUUGUUUUUGUCUUGAUCCAGAUUGAUUUAUUUUUGCAGUUAUUUAACUCAUUUAACAGAAUGCUAAAUAUGCAUAGUAGUUAUUUUCAGGCCAUUCAUUUGGCUGAUAUGUGAAGGUGCCUCAACAACAGCCUUUAUACAACCCAGGUCUGAUCUGUCGGCCGACAACUGUUGGGGUUUUUUGCCCCCACCCCUCCCCCCUGACACUUUUUACUGUGGGGUGUUACAUACAUUAUUUGAUAUUUUUAUUUUAUGUAAGUGCAAAUGUAAUUUUUUUUUUUUUUUAAAAAGAAAUUGAUUACUAAUGUUGAAUUUAUUUUUAUUGAGAAAAAGCUUGCGUUCAUAAUUUCAGUUCUUAUUUUUAUUCUACACAACUUGGGAUGUACUUGGAUGUUUCUUAAAAUAAGCCCAUGCAUUAAAAUAACACUCAGUCAGGAGGAAAUAAACCUGCCAGCCUCAGUCACACUACACAGACAGUGACCAAAAAAAAAGAAAAGUUAAUAAGCCAUGUGUCCUGUUAAUAUUCCAGAUUUCCUUGCAAUGUUGUCGCAGUAUCCAUAUUCUUGAAAUGGGUUAUGGCGUGUGUUCCUUGAAGCUAUGACGACAUGGUAGUUAGUGUACUUUGCAAAUAGCCAUGGCAGUCUGAAGGAACAACCGAGCAGUGAUUGACAAUAGGUGGCAAUGGAGUAUUAUGUGUAUUGAAAUUGCCACACUGUUAAUUUCAGGGCAGUGAAGACAGCACAUGCCAAAGGAAUUCUUCCAAGUCAUUUUUACUUGAAUAAUUCCCAGAUACAUAAACUGUGAACACGCUACGACAACCAACCCACACCCAUAAACAUACACUACCAUCAAGCAGUCAGUACUGAAGGGUGUUCCAUGUCCAUAAUGCCUGUCAGCUCUGGGCCAAAGCCUAUGUGAAUUAUUGUCUUUUUUUUUUCUUUGUGGAAAGAGGAGGGAACUGACUGCGGCACAGAGUUUGACAGCAUUUGGAAUAGUAUUGAUAAGCAUUACUGAAAUGUUCAGUUACCUUUCAACUUAACUCUUGUUUCCCUAUUUUUGAUUGUAUAAUCUAUUAAAAAAUGGAUUAACUGUU